AUGGAUGGAAAGACGGACGUGGGGGUCCAUAGAAUCCACGUCCGGAAGGUUCUUGUGCUUAUGCGAGAGCAUAAGUUGUUCGCGAACCUCAGGAAGUGUAUAUUCGCAGCGAACGUAAUACCACUUCUUGGCUGCAUCGUGGGUAAAAACGGUGUACGCCCUGAUCCGGAAACGAUCAAGGCGAUUAGCGACUGGCCUGUGACAGUCGACGUCAAGGGACUUCGAAAGUUCCUCGGCCUGGCGGCGUAG